AUGCGCUUCUCACCAACGAUGCGCAAUGUUGUCCUCCAAGCAACCGCGAUCUGUACUGUCUCGUUGCUUUACACCCACUACGUCUCCGAAAACAUGUUCGAUGCAGUAAUCCAUGACGAGACUUUCAGCCAUCUGGCUGGGAUGCUUGACAAUGCGACCGCUGCCGAGCAGGCCCACAAUGCGCGUCUGGAAAAGAUGCAGAAAAGUGUGAUUCCCAAAGACGAGGCUGAUAAUUACGUGAUGCGCACCGUCAACGAGACGAACGGUACCACGUGGAGCUAUUUUGUCCCGAAAAAUCAAACCGAGCUUAUCCCCAAUACGAAAAACGCUACAAAAGAAUCUUUCUACGGCCGGGAACUACCAAGGGAGGUGCUGAUCGUAUUCAUUCUCGUGAUACUCCAGUAUUGGUGGUUCGUUGGACUAGAGAAGAUUCUGCCCGCUCGACCUAGACGUCGAGAUGUCACGUAUCAGGGAAAAGAGAAAGUGGAAGAGAGUGAGGAUAGAGAAGAAGAAGUCGUCAAGAAGUGGAUCGCACAGGGUAGGGUGAAUCGGGCGUCGUUGAACAUCUGCAAUACAUUCUUGAAAUGGGUACUCGAACUGACAGUGGGGACGCUAUGGUUUUUGACGGUGCAGCAUGUACUCCGGCAGCUUCUGAAGUUGAACUCGCCAAUGUCCGUCUUUGUCGGGCUGAAAAGCCACCUUAUUUUCGGCUUCCUAGGCACAUUUUUCUCCGUCGCACCUUUUGUUCGCCUCAUCGCCUUCGUCGUUGUCCCAGCGUACAAGCAGAUCCUCUUCAUCGAAGCCAUUGAGCUAGUGUUGGCAGUCUUCACCAUGCAGUUCUUACGCAUGAUGGCUUCAUGGGCAGUCAAAACGGAGUUUGUACAGGCAGUGAUGCGGAAUGUGACGGGAGAGGUGGAGCAAAAUCCUGAGAAAUUCGGGAGAGUUGGUGGUAGAGAACUGUAA